AUGGCAAUUGUGACCACUUCACUUGGCGAGCAUGUUUCUCCCAAAAAAGAGGUUCGUGGCGAACAAUUGAACGAAAAAAUGUCUGAUUGAAUUCGAAUUUCCGCGCUGCCGUAGUCGGAAUUGCUGCUUCAAAUUUUUUCGGAAAUCUCGGACAAAACUGUCCGUUUUGCUCGCAAAUAUCGUAUCUUUCAACCAUUAAAAGCACUUUCUAGUUAUCCCCAACUCGACCGAAACGUCGAUGGGACCACGUGCCGCUUGUGCCGCAACUCGUUCCCAAGCAAGAAGACAAGGAGAAUUGCGAAUCCAUUAGCAAGCAAAACCACGCACGGCAUGUGAAAGGUAUCACCGCGGACCCGCCGCUCAAGCUCACGGGAACUCGACAACAACAUCCGAGGGUAAAGUUUCACUGGACAUUGUAAAAUUCAAUCCAAAUUUACUAGACGCCCGCGGAGAUCCCGGAGAAACCGUGUCAACCACGUAAAGCUGGACAACAACAUUCUCGUCACUUCGGUAACGCCACGCCCGACCUUUCCGACGGUUCUCAUCCACGCCCUAGCAAGUCCAAUUUAGAAGGCGCUGCAAGCAAACAGACCACAAAGCAGGUCGGUUGUUUGUUAGUUAUACACAAAAGUGUAAAUGAUAACCAUGCUUACAAGAUUCCGGGCCGGGGCGAAGAUUUUGCUGAAAUAUAGAUUGAACAUGUUUACUCGACCAGUUAGAAAAGUUAAAUUCCACGAUAAAAACCCUUAUGUCAGAGCAAUAUAGGGAGAAACUGAUUGGAUUUCAGUCGGCUUCCACGACUCGUGUGGUCGUCACCGCGUCCCAGCUCCAGGAUGCGUUUGUUGGCGAGCAAUCGGUAAGCAAUUCAUUUUUCACUCUAACGCAGUCCGUACGAUUGUAGGAACGUCAUACCGGAACUAGCAACACCGCGCACAAACAAGCUGACAAUGGACACCGCGGAGCGAAAGCAGCUGGCACUAAGCCGGUCAUUGAAGUGAUUGAAAUCGAAACCAGCAGCAGUAGCGAGGACGAUGACGAUUAUCGACCAGCUCCGUCAAAAAAGAAAAGGUUGUCGCCAAAGGAAGGAGUCACACUCGAUCAACUGAAUGAGGUGGUCUCUGCGCGUUUUGAGAAACACGAGGAGUUAUGCAAAAACGAGAUUGCAAAGCUUUUCGAGAUUUGCCAGAGAAUCCUCAGCUGGACCGCGGAUAGCAACAAAAAGCAAAAAGAGAUGGACGAGUCUAUUCACCAACUUUUCAAUCGCAGAAACAGCCAAGAGGAAGACAACAAGCUUGCAUCUGUUUUCAUGUCGAUGUUUCAAAGAAUCAUGGCUGACUCGGAUAAGAAGGAGCGGUCUCAGGAGCUGCCGAAGACUGAUAAUAGAGGACCGCGUCAGAGGCCCGCUGUCAGUUUCUAUUGAAAUCACGAUUUAAAAGUGUACUUUUUUUUUAGUUUUGCGGAGCUUGCGGCGUCAGCACCCACGAGCUUCGUGAUUGUCGCUCAUUCCGAACUCCUGCAGCAAAGAUCGCGCAGUACCAGAAGGUCGGACGCUGUAUCCAUUGUGACAGGAUCCACACUGACAUCUGUCGAUUGGCCGGCAGGAAAUGCCAGCUAUGUCCGGAGCGUCAUUUUUCUGGAAUCUGCGCAGUGCUCUCGGAGGAUCAGCGUCCGGCAACCACUGAGAUCUCGAGAAGAAAGAGGGCCAAAAACCCUAUUUCCGGAGUUUCUAACGAUGUGAUUCCGACGGUAAGCUCUCAGGUAAGAAAAGCAACAAUCAACAAAACGAAGAACUGCUUGCUUUCAGCCUCUUCAACCGGAUCCCGCGUCGGCCGUUGCGCUGAUACAAUCGCUGCUCAACAGCAUGCAGCAUCAGGCAGCGCCGAUUCCAUCGACUUUGGGCUAG